AUGGGUGAUACAAAUAAUAGCAAUAAUAACAAUGAAAACCAUACAAAUAAUAGCAAUACUUAUUUAUCACAAAUUUAUAAAUCAAUAAACAAUUAUUUUUUCAAUAGCAAUAAUAAUAAAAAUCAAAAUGAGAAUUUAAAUAAUAAAGAUAGUGCAUCUAAUAAUUUUAAUGACCAUAAUGAAAAUAUAACAAGUUCAAAUGCAACAUCUAAUUCUUCAUCAAUUUUAGAUCAUGAUAAUGUCGGUUUAAUUAGUAAUAUAAAAAGUAUAAUAAAAGAUGAUAAAAGUGUAACAAGUAAUAGCUAUAAUCUAAAACCAUUGGGAAAUUAUGAAUUAGAUGAAGAUAUAAUUAGAAAACAAGCUGGUACUUCAAAUGAUACUACUAAUACUACUAAUACUUCUAAUUCUACUUCUACUUCUUCAUCUUCAUCUUCUCAUAGUAGUAGUAGUGGAGUUAGUGGUAUAAUUAAUAAUGUUAGUAAUACUAUAACAAAUACAAUAGUUAAUGCUGCAAAUAAUGUAUUAGAAGAAGCUGAACAACAAGAACAACAAGAACAACAAAAUCAAUCAAAUAAUGAUAAUAAUGUUCAAAGUAAAACUCAAACUAUUAAAUCAUUAAUUAAAUCAAAACAAAAAGAAACAGCAACUAAAAUUAAACAAAUCAAUGAUGUUAUGAAUGAUGAAACAUUGGAUGAAGAUACAAUCAUUACAAAAACAAUAGAUAUUUUAGGUAAAAAAAGAUUUUAUGAAAUUUUAUUUUUAUUAGGUAGUGCAAGUAUAAUAUCAUUUGCAUUAAGAACUAUGUAUUUUGGUAAAACCAUUAGAGCUAUUGAAAUUCCUGAUGGUAAUUUAACAACAUUAAUAGUUAGAUCAAAUAGUGUAAAAAGAUUAAAAAAAACUAUAUUACAAAAUCAACCACCAAUUUAUCCAGGUGUUGAAUUAAGUGAUGAAGAUAUUAAAGCAAGUGCAUUUAUUGAUCCACAUUUUACAGAACCAAUAGUGUCAAAUAAAGACGUUAGAAGAUUAGAAGAUGGUGGAUAUUUAUUAUGGACAAAGAGUGAUUUUGAAAUUCCAAGAACUGCAGUUGGAUUAAAAUCAUUAAUGAAAGAUAAAGAUUUAUUAAAUGAACAUAUAAAAAAUGCAGAGGUUGAUAAAUUAAUUAGAUUAAUUUCAUUAUUUGGUCCAUCAUUAAUACUUAAACCACCUUCAACUUUAAAAUUAUUAUUAUUGAAAUACCAAUUCAUUACACCAACUGAACAAGAUAGAAUUAUAAUGGAUACUACUGAACCAUUGUCAAUUAAAGAACGUGAUGAAUUAAUCUCUAUUGUUAUCUCAAACUCAAAUGAUCGUGAACAAAUUUUUAAUCUUUAUCAUAAAUAUCAUAAUGAUGUUAUUCAAUUUAAACAAAAUUUAAAAAAGUGGAUAAAAACAAAACUAUCAUUAUCCACAAACCAAUCACCUAUUUAA